AUGCCUUUGAUUUGCUUGUCAAAGCAUGCAUGGUUGACUGCAAAUCUUUGUGCUACACCAGUUUCUUCCAAACCAUCUGUGGUUGCCUUUGAUUAUUUGCCUUAUUCUCAGCCCUUUUUGUAUAGAAGCAUUAUGGGCGCUCUUCAGUGCCUUACUAUCACCAGACCAGAUCUUUCAUUUGCUAUUAAUCAAGCUUUCCAGUUUAUGCACUCCCCUAUUGUUGGUCAUUUUGCUGUAGUUAAAAGGAUUUUGAGAUAUCUUAAGGGCACUCUCUCUCAUGGCCUGGUUUUUACACCAAGUUCCUUUCAGUUGCAUGCUUACACUGAUGCUAAUUGGGCUGGGGAUUCCUCCGACAGAUGGUCCACCUCCGAUUAUUGUAUCUUUUUAGGUGCCAAUCUCAUCUCUUGGUCUUCAAAGAAACAACCCACUGUAUCCAGGUCCCCUACUGAAGCUGAAUACAGGUCUUUUGCUGUAGCACUCUAUGCUUCCUAUUAUAAUGGAACUAUAUUUGGCACUUUGAUUAUCUUGAUUGAGAACCUUUUUAGUUGA